CCCGCGCCGCCGAAGAGUCAGUUCGCUGCGGCCCGCGGUCCCCAGUGUCGGCGCGCGCGAUGGCGCACGCUACCCCGCCGAGCGCACUGGAGCAGGGCGGCCCCAUCCGCGUGGAGCACGACCGCCAACGCCGCCAGUUCUCCGUGCGCCUCAACGGAUGUCAUGACCGAGCUGUCCUGCUCUAUGAGUACGUGGGCAAGCGGAUCGUGGACCUGCAACACACAGAGGUCCCAGAUGCUUACCGUGGGCGUGGCAUUGCCAAGCACCUGGCCAAGGCUGCCCUGGACUUCGUGGUGGAAGAAGACCUGAAGGCCCACCUCACCUGCUGGUACAUCCAGAAGUAUGUCAAGGAGAACCCUCUGCCACAGUACCUGGAGCGUCUACAGCCAUGACCCUGGCCACUGUGUGCAGGAGUGCACCCUGUGGGCCUUCUGUGUGGGCCUCAGCCAGCUCAUGUGCUCUCAGGAACCUGUUCCCAUGGGGACAGGCUCAGAGUUAUUUUUGCAAGGACACCCGUCUGCAGCCUUCAUCCAGGAUUCUGGGGACCAGCUGCUGGUUGUGGAUGUGUGAAAAUCCAGAGUGGGACGAAGGGCAGGCCAAGUGGCCAAGACCCACUUCCCACAGAGGUCCUCCAGCUCUGCUGAGGUGGUCCUCCUACCAGCUGCACAUCCCCUCUGGCCUGGCUACUGGGUCCCUGCUCUGAUCAGCAAGAGGGUGACGUAGAGUCCCUGCCACCACCUCCUGGCAUCAAUGUCCUUUCUGCAAAUGAGGAGGGUGUUCCUGGAGCCAAGAAGAACAACAGGAACCCUGUGCGCCAGCUUCCCAAGGUGGAGGUGCCAAGCCUUAGCCACAACCAGUGCUAACCCUUUCUCUGUCUCAGACUUGUGUACCCUGGCACAGGCAGUGGGACAGCGGCAGAGGGCAGCCAAUCCUGGCAUGUGAGAGAGCCGAGGAUUCAGCUCUGGCCCAGGCUCAUCUGAGCAUGCACACCAACACAUGAGCACAAGAGGCGGGGCAGGUACCCACACUCCACACUGUUUGGCUUCUCAUGUGGGUUCUGCAAGAAAACAAGGUCCCUGUCAGAGGGUCUCCCUUCUCUUAUAUUUUUGGUUGUGAGCCUAGCCUUUAACGGCUGAGCCAUCUCUCCAGCCCAGGGGGUAUCCCUUCUCAUGCAGUCACCUGCAGGAGCCAGCCCAGAGGCUUAGUGUGGUCUGCUGAGCAGCCCAGUUACCCUCAGCCCUCGCUGACCUUCAGCUGGACUUGUCAGGGCCUUUCUUGUGGGUCACUUUCAAGAUGGGUGAGAUGGUGGCACACAAGAUCCAUUUCGCAUCUUUUGUACUCCUGGCUUCUGACCAUCUCCCCACUGCUGCUUAGGCUACUCCAGACAUCUGUGCACAGACACCUUCCCACUCUGCAGGAGUACUGAAAUCUGGACCAGGAAGCCAUGCAUCCUGGCUGGGAGGUCUUAAGUUCAGAACCCUUGGGCCUCACUCACCACUGCAGUCAUGGGCACAGACCCUUAUGGUCCCCACACUCAGCGUCUCCCUACCUCCUGCACCUCUGGCUCUUACCCGGUUCUUGAUGCUCCUCUUCCAGCCUCCUAGAGUUCCAGGAUAACCCAGCAUACUCCUCACUACUGCCUCCCUCCUCUGCUACCCCAUUCUGUCUGACAGGGACUCUUCGGGGUCCAGAGAAACCCCUGGGCCUCUAAGAAGACAUUGCUGACUGCUCUGACAGCUGUGGUGGCAGUGUGUCCACAAUACAGUACUUGAAUGAGGGCCCUGAGUUAUGUGGACCCAAGAAGAGUGGCUGGGCUUCCUCCGUGGGCUUGUCUCAAGUUCCUGCAGGGUGGCCUGAGCAUUCCUCACUGCCUUGGCAGCCUUAAAGUCCCACUGACCGUGCCCCGGAGGCUUCAUAGCCUUGCGGUGUAGCAAUAACUAUAUCUCUGCCUCUUCCUCCUGGCCAAUACCGCCCAACUGGGCCACUCUGGUGCUAUCCCAUCUGCCUUCCCCUGCCCCUCAACACCUGUUCCACGUCCUGAAUCACUCCAGGAGCCUGGUUAGGCACUGGCACUCUAGACUUCACGUUCCUUCAGUAGGUCUGUGCAGUGCUCAGACCUCACCCUAGGCUUUCUCUUCCUUGCCCAGUCUACACAGGCAGUAACUCAUGUGCCUUUCCUACUCUGAACCUGCCACCAGUAGUAUCUGGGCCAAGACUGGUCUUGGGACCUGCAUCCCCUCACUUUUCUGACUUUUGAACACAUUGCAUGAUCCUGUUGGUCACUGACAAAAAACUAAGGCACAGUGAGGUCAGGGGCCCCCAGAGCGAAGAAGUAGGGCAAGAUAGGUUGUGUUGGAAGUGGUUCUCCCUGGUGCCCAGCCUAUUUGUUGGUCCUCCAAUGCCUGCAUAGUUGGACAGCUCCACUGCAGGGGAGUCUAGGCUCCAAAGGCUGCCAGAGCCUGACUGAGGUCUCCCAGCACAACAGUGCCAACAAGCAUCGGGAUCCCAGCCCAGUCUGGAGAACUUUGCCAUCUGUAUCCCUCCAUACUACCUGAACCUCAGAGUUUUACCCUAGAGGCCACACUCCUCAUUGCUGGGCAACAGCUUUACAGGGAUUCCUAGAAGUCAUGGUGCCACACUAGCCUCUGACACAUGAGCUUCUCUUUGCCCUCAAGUUGGUCAUUCAGGGUUCCUGACAGAACUGUUGGUAAGCACAGGAGCAGUGCAAGUGUUCCAAGAUGGGAGCACGUGGAAUCUGCUCAUGCAGCCCUUCUUACACGGGACCUAACCCACAAGGGCCAGGGUAGCUAGUGUACCGAGUGCAAGGCACAGCAGUCAGGCUCUGUGGUCUCACCCCCUCCUUAAUUCUCAUGCAAAUCCCAAGAGACACCACUUACUGGGCCUGUCCUGCAGUUGAAGGGACAGGGUCAGAUUAAGUGGGUCACCAGCCUGCAACCCACACAACUAGACAGCCCAGGAUCUAAACCCCAGUCCCUGACCCCUCAGUAGUCCCCAGCUUGUGUAUUGUGGUCAGAUGUCUACUUGGGAAACAAAUGACCUCAGUAAUACAUAGAUAACAUUUCUAGAAGUUUCCUUACUCCUUUGAAGGGCUGAAAUGAGGAUCUGUCUUGAGUUGCAAGGUACAUAUGGCCAGCAUUCAGAAGUCUGGCUUAUGAACAGGAGCACUCCCCUGGAGCACCUGGCCACUCACCUGCUGUUCCUCAGAUCAGGACUUGGGCUGGUUCGAGUCCUCCCACACGUCCUUUUACUAGUCUCAGGGUCCUGCUUCCAGCUCAUUGCCCUAAGUUUCAUACACGAGAUCCGGUGAGGCCGUGGCUUGAACCUUUAACUGCAACCUCGGGGAUCACAUUUAUGGGUUUUAGCUGUGUCCCAUGGCUUCAAGAUAUUAAAGAUGCUUUUCUGGUUGUCAAA